UUUAAUUAAGCUGAACCAGCAGGCGUAGGCUGCAGCUCCUUCGGCAGCCGAUGUUUAAAAGUCGACUCGAUCUUCUAAGAAAACGUAGACCCUGGGAGAAGCAGCUUUGGAGUUUAAAGCAGUUUAAAAGUGAGCUGGGGGUGGGUGUCUUGGGCCCCCUGCAGGAUGCUGCCUCCGCGGAUGCUGUGGGGCGCUGUGGCGCGUCAGGUUGCUCCAAGACUCACCUACAGCACUGCUGUGCAGCCACAGCAGGUGAAGCCAAAAAAGACCAAAUUUGGUCCUCUGAGUGACCAAGAUCGGAUAUUUACUAACUUAUAUGGCCGACAUGACUGGAGACUCAAAGGAGCGCUAAAAAGAGGAGAUUGGUAUAAGACCAAGGAGAUCAUACUGAAGGGACAGGACUGGAUCCUGAAUGAGGUGAAAAUCUCGGGGCUUCGUGGCAGAGGAGGAGCAGGAUUUCCGACAGGCAUGAAGUGGAGUUUCAUGAACAAACCCAGCGAUGGCAGGCCAAAGUAUCUGGUGGUGAAUGCCGACGAGGGGGAGCCUGGCACAUGUAAAGACCGCGAGAUAAUGCGUCAUGACCCCCAUAAGCUUAUAGAGGGCUGUCUGGUGGCUGGGAGAGGCAUGGGAGCUCGUGCCGCGUACAUCUACAUUAGAGGGGAGUUUUACAAUGAGUCAUCAAACCUACAGGUGGCCAUUAAUGAGGCGUACAAAGCAGGGCUGAUUGGAAAGAACGCCUGCGGCUCUGGGUAUGACUUUGAUGUGUUUGUUAUGCGGGGAGCAGGCGCAUACAUCUGUGGAGAGGAGACGGCUCUAAUCGAGUCUCUUGAGGGCAAACAAGGGAAGCCCCGGCUCAAGCCGCCUUUCCCUGCAGACAUAGGGGUGUUUGGAUGCCCAACAACGGUGGCCAACGUGGAGACAGUUGCUGUGGCGCCUACGAUCUGUCGUCGAGGCGGCGCUUGGUUUGCCAGCUUUGGGAGGGAGAGGAACUCUGGGACGAAGCUGUUCAACAUCUCUGGUCACGUAAACACCCCAUGCACAGUGGAGGAAGAGAUGUCUAUUCCUCUGAGAGAGCUGAUAGAGAGACAUGCAGGAGGAGUGAGAGGUGGCUGGGACAAUCUAUUAGGAGUGAUCCCAGGGGGGUCCUCCACUCCCAUUAUCCCUCGGCAUGUGUGCGAUGAUGUGCUGAUGGAUUUCGAUGACCUGGUUCGUGCAGAGAGUGCCCUGGGAACCGCAGCUGUCAUAGUCAUGGAUAAAUCGACCGAUGUGGUCCGAGCCAUUGCACGUUUGGUUGAGUUUUACAAACACGAGAGCUGUGGACAGUGCACCCCCUGCAGGGAGGGAGUGGACUGGAUGGAUAAAAUGAUGUGGAGGUUUGUCCGAGGCGAGGCAGCAGUUUCAGAAAUUGACAUGAUUUGGGAGCUCAGUAAGCAGAUAGAGGGACACACCAUUUGUGCUCUCGGUGACGGAGCUGCUUGGCCUGUGCAGGGUUUGAUCCGCCACUUCAGGCCAGUGAUGGAGAGCCGCAUUGCUCAGUAUAACAAGAAAAAUCCCGCAAGGGCGCCAGAGAUCGAGAUGAUCUGAAAGUGAAAUGCCUCCCAUUCAGUCUGUCAUCAAAUCAUUCCAUAGAUCAUUUAUUUUAAGUGUAAAUAUUACUUAUUGAUCAAAGUUAUCCUGAUCGCAAAAGCUAUGUGUGGACAACCAGUCUGCUUUGGUGAUAUAAAUGCAGCAAUGACAUCUUCAACUUAGUUAACUGAUGCACGGCGCAAUGAAAGAAAUGAACACAUACGUCAAUAAAUUAGCUUUAUUUCAUAAACUUGAGAAAUAAAUUCAAAUGCUUCACUGCG